GAAUCAUACCGCAAAAAGUGGUCUUUUUGGCAGAUUUUGCCACGUUUUUUCAUCCAUUUUCACGCGUUUCGCGCACUAAAAAUUGCAGUUCGGGGCGACAUUUUUUGCCCUCGUCUGUGGGCGAUCGCUGUGGUGGCGAUCCUUUGGAGGCAAGCCAGGGGAGGCAGCCAGAGGCCUACCCAAGGGGCCCGAGACGGCCCAAAAUAAAGGGCCCAGUCCUUGGGCAUUUGCUGCGAAUAACGGGUCCGACAUCAUCCGGGAACCCGAACAAACAUUCUCCGCUCCAGAAGAUCCCGAUUUGAUUGGCGUCCACGUGACCAUGGCAAAAAGCCUUCCAUCGAUCCUGCAACACGGGUUACUUCCGGGCGGGCUCGGCCCGGGGGAAACCGGUAAUUACGACCUGGAAGGGCUGGGUAUGACUUCCGCCUCUUCUACUACGCGUCCACAUCGCGAUGAAAACGGAGAUGUUGACAACUUAGAGGUUCAUGACAAGGAUCCGCCCGAUGAUCAUCCGACGGUCGAAAAUUCCGACGAACGGAAGCGCCAGUUUUCCUAUCGGGCGGCAAAUCGUCUGGUGUUCUACGAACGCUUGGGAUUUCCCGACGGAGACGCCUGGCGAGCGGAAAUGCCGCUGCUCUACUCCACAAUGUUGUGCGAGAAGGGGUUUACGCCCCUAAUGCUCCGGUUCCGGACACUAGCAAAACGGAAGCUUUUUGGCCUGAAGGAAACGGUGCUGCCGAUGGAGGUCACGCAUUUUCGCGGAAGGAAAGUCGAAGAUCAUCAUGCGCGGGUGGGGACAUCAAGACCAGCUUCGGCUUCGACAUCGACUUCAUCUAAAAAGGUUAUUAUUACUUCUGAAGAGGGCCUUGCAGUCGUCGAAACCCCCUAUGAGUGGAUUCCGCUGCGGCACGGGACGUGCGCGUAUGAAGUCGAGGUGGCGGGUGCAAUUCCGCUCGGAAAUCAUAGUUCUUUCAAUUACAAUUCUAGUACUGUACCCCGUCCGCCCGGCGCGCUGCACCAGGACAACCCCGACGCAGAUGACGUGGCAAGAACGGCGAUGUGUCCCUUGAUGCACGUUGUGGAAACUUGCCGCAGUCCAACAUCAGCAAGGGUGAGGCCGCAACAAUGGAGGAGAAGGGCCGCGAGCAGUUCUCGGAGGAAAAGAAAAAGUAUGUUGGCGUCAACAUCUCCUACUUCGGUAUCUUUAUCCUCCGGUGAUGUGGUCGAAGAUGCGCCGCAUGUUGAAAAAAACUACUACGAGGUUGGGCACGUAGCGCCGGAAAGAGCUGGACUGCGGGCGGGGGAGGACUACUACUUUGCUGAAGCUUCAGCUUCAGGCAAGAAGUUCUAUUAGAGCGAUGUCGACGUCGCCUGGGUGCUGCUGAUAAAGACGAGACAAACUCAAGCAGCCUCCGCAGCUGCAUUUAAAUGGAGUAUUUUUCAAACGUGAAGAUGUAGAGGUCGUGGUCGAGGAGCAUUACGUUUCCCAAAUAGUAUUUUAUGACUAUUAGUUUAAGCUUAAGGACAUCGUAUGAUACUGUGUGAGCC